GUAAUUAUAUUAAAAAUGAGUUCUAUUAAAACUGAACUUGAGAAACACAUUUCUAAUUCAGGAAUUAACUGUGAUGAAUUAAGAAAGAAUUCUUGGAGAGAGACAUAUGAGAGAGACCUUAAUAUAAUGAAGCAGGUUGCCGAAGACCCAAUUACAAAAUUCAGAACUCACUUCUACAAUCUUUCAAGAGAAGAUAUGUUUAAAUACAAUAUCAUGAGGGCAGCUCGUAUGAAAGAAUUGGGCUACGAAGGUAAAGUACCUCAUGUCGACAAAGAAAACUAUGGAACUUUCUCUAUUGCUAUCAACUCUCUGUACCCAACAAGUGUGCACCAUGGAAUGUUUGAGUCUAUUGUGAAGGUGUUAGGUUCAGACCAGCAAGUCUCAGAAGUUUGGGAUGAUAUUGUAGAUUAUAAGAUUUUAGGAUGCUAUGCCCAGACCGAAAUCGGUCAUGGCUCUGAUGUCCAAGGACUUGAAACCGAAGCUAUCUAUGAUGAAGCCACUGAGGAAUUUAUCAUCAAUUCUCCAUCCGUCAAGGCAUACAAGUUCUGGCCAGGAGAUCUUGGGAAAAUGGCCAAUCACGCAGUAGUGUUUGCGAAGAUGAUUAUCAAAGGAGAAGCUUAUGGCAUUCACGCUUUCUUCUUUAGAAUCAGAGACUCUGAAUCGCACACUCCAUUAAAAGGAAUUGAGAUAGGUGAUAUUGGACCAAAGUACGGUUAUCCUUACAAGGAUAAUGGAUACAUGGCUUUUAGCGAGUUUAGAGUACCAAGAUCUGCGAUCCUAUCCAGAUAUGUGAGCGUGUCCAAAGACGGAAUGAUCGAGCUUAAAGGAGACCCAAGAAUUGGCUAUGCUACAAUGCUCUGGAUUAGAGUGCAGCUGUUGUUCUUUGGAUGGCAAGUCAAGUUUUCCAAUAUUGCUCAAUGUAUGAGAUACACAUUGAAGAGAAAGCAAUUUAAAUCACUGCCUGGAACAGAUAUCGAGAGACCAAUCUUCGAUUAUCAAGCGACUCAAGACAAGAUUGUUUCAGCUAUUUGCUACUCUUACGCAAACUUAACGAUCUCCCACUUUUGUAUGGACACAUUCUACAAGAUGGAAGAAAAAGUAAAGAACGAAGAUUUCUCAAUGAUGAAUGAUCUCCAUGUCUUAAUCAGUUCUUUGAAAGCUUAUUGUAUGGACUAUGAUAUGACUACUUUGUAUAACCUCAGAGAACUUCAAGGAGGGCAUGGGUAUUUAUACCUGGCUAACAUCCCUGGAUGGAUUGAUGCUUGGUCUCCCAAUGUGACUCUUGAAGGCGAUGGAUAUGUCCUGUUCCAGCAAACAUCGAGAAAAUUGAUGAAAAAGCUCAAAUCUGUGGCUAAAGGAAAAUCUAUCGAUAAAACUUUCUAUCCAUACAUGGAUCAGGUACUAUCAGUCGAAGGAUUGACUGAAUCAGAUGCAGACAUUAGAGAAACUCACAAACUUUGUGAAAUUCUGAGAGUCGCCAUCAGCUAUGAGCUUCUCGGACUCUCUAAGAACCUUACAAAGGAAGAUCAGCAUUCUUUUGACACAAAAUGGAACAAGAUAUACCAAGUUGAGCUAGCCAACCUAGCUAAGCUGCACGCAGUAUAUAUGACUUCUCUGUCAUUUGCAGAUCAGAUUCCUUCUCUUUCAACAGACAAGCUUACUCAAGAAGUCUUGACUAAGGUGUGUAACGUCUACAUCACGGAAGAGAUCAUGAAGUUUGCUCAGACUGCUCUGCUCGAGGGAUAUAUCAAUGGCGAACAAAUGGUCAAUAUUCAGAACUACCGCACUGAGUUGGUAGAAUCCUUAAAGCCACAUGUGAUUGCUUUGGCUGAGUCACAGGUCAUCCAUGACAGGAUGACACAGAGCACAGCUUUGAGUGGGUAUGACUCUGACUACGCUUCUAAUUUAUAUGAGAUGGCGAUGCAGAACACUUUAAACGCCACUCACAAGAUGCCCAACAUUGACAGACAGUUGAAACCACUAUCAAAGAAAUUAUCAAAUUUCGCUAAGAUCUAA